AUGGGCUCAGGCGCCAUGACCUCCCAUUUCGCAGGUCCAUCUUCCACAGCAGGCAGUCCUCGCUCACGACCCACAACACCACUCUCAGCAGGCUUCAGUCCACCAGGACCCACAUACGAUCAUCUUGCGAGAUGGGAGGAUGCAGACGUCGCAGCAUGGCUCAACACUGCACGCCUAGCCCACUAUGCCUCCAUCUUUGCGGAGAACGACAUUCGAGGUUCCGUGUUGCUCGAUGUCGACCAGUCAGCAUUAAAAGAGAUGGGCGUCACCAUGGUCAAGGACCGCGUUCGUAUUCAAGCUGCCAUCAAGCUGCUCAACAAGCGUUGUGCUGACGCUGCCAUCGCUCGAAGACCUAGUCUAGCGACAUUACCACCAUUGUCGCCGCUAGCAUCCCACGCACUCUACGCAAACGAAGGCGAGAUCGAGUACCUACAGCACGACCAUCACAGCGACCCAUCGGCAGAGGAUGCUGGUUCCAACUUUGGCAUGAACUCAAUGGGAAUGCGACGUGGUCAGAUGCGCCCACCACCCCUGACACUCAAACAGUCCACCUCUCGCGGCAUGCCCGGCUAUGCUUCGCCCGCCAACUCGCUCAACAACAGCCAAGGCUUCGGUCUCAGUGCUGCUCGCGGUCUCACUCCAGGCUCUGCACGUGGCAGCGUGUGGAACACUGUCUCCUCCUCUUCGAACUCGACCAAGUCUGGCAAUGCUGAUGGUGGCAUGCAUCGCAAAGUCAACUCGAUCGGCAGCAUGGUGGCACCUGCGAUACCCGGUGCUUCUACUCUAUCCAGCUCGCGGCAUGCUCUCGGCGGCCACACGAGUGCCCAGAACGGCAGACCUAGCACUGCUACAGGUGCAAGUGGCUAUUCGAAUGGGCAAGGUUCGCAUUCUUCACGAGCCGGCCUCACCUCGAGCAGUCCUACCGGUGCCUCGUUCGGCUCUGGCGUCAGCAGCAACCAGGCUCGUCCAUCUACAGCAAGUGGAACACAGAACACCUACUCCAGCAGUAUGGCUGCAAGCGGCUCUUCUGGCAGAGACAAUUACUCGCCGCUCACACCCAUCUCCGAGUCCAACUCGCACGGUACAACUCCAACCACUCCUUCCGGUAUUCAGCAGCAGCAGCAGCAACAACAAUCUGGCGGCUAUUCAGUGGGCAGAGGACCAUUUUCUGCUUCGCAACGUUACACCACAUCUCCAUCUUCUUCUUCGCAACAGCAGUCUUCUUCCGGACACUCCAUCAGGCGCAUCGACAGCGGCGAAGGCUACAACCUCAUGGCCUCACAACUUGCAGGCUAUCAGAACCCUAAUCCGCCCACAUUGGAAGACCUUAAGCGCAGAACGAUCAAGUUCAUCAGUGAGGAGGACAACACUACUCGUAUCGUCAACGUCAGCGACUGUCGCGAUGCCUACGAUGUCAUGGCUCGUGUGCUCAAGAAGUUUGGUAAGCCGCCUAGUGGUAACAGCUACACACCUACAGCUGAUCAAGGUCCAACAGGCGAUGAGCUUGGUGCAGCGGAGACUUGGGGCAUCUUCGCUACAAGUGCCGACGGACAGAACACCAAAGCGCUCUCGGACAACGAACUCUUGGCUAUCUGCCACGCUCCACAACCGCAUGACCCACUCAGAGAACGUGGUCUGACCCUGCGAAGGAUUCCCAACCACCUCCCGGGAGAAGACGCCCGCAGAGUGCCGCUGCGAUCGGGCAGGAACAAGCUCGAGGCCUUCUUUGGAGAGCGCAUGCCCGUCGCGCAGAUGCAGCCCGCUGGUCCAGGAUCAGCGCCGAACGGAGAUGAGGGAGAUGCAGGCAGUGUCACCAUCAGUGGCAAGAAGAUGAAGCGUGCCUCCACCGUCAGCAUCAUGUCUGGUCUUGGUGUCGGUCCUUUCAGCAGCAGUCAUAAUAAUCGCGGCUCUGGCCAUAGCAACAACCACCGAGAUUCUACGAAAGCGGACGGCAAACUUGCACCGAAGAAAGAGGCCAAGCAGAUCUCUCCAACAAGUAUCACCAGCAAGCCAAGCAAGAUCCGCAACUUUUUCGGCCAACGUCCUCCUUCCGAACUCAUCAAUACCAACCUUGCCGACUUCUUCCCUUCCACCGACUCGAAAGCUCUACAGCGUACUGCGAGAAGGUCCAUCUACGGUCGAGCUUCCGCCAGUACACGUUCGAAGCGCAACAGUACUUGGAGUUUCGUUGCUGACCAAGAUGCGCCGCCUCUGCCCAACAAGGAGUCGCUGGAUGGUCGCCAGGCGCUCGAAAGAUCAUCGGCGUCCAUCAGAGACCGCGGCACAACACCAAUCAUUCAGAUCGGAUACGACUCGCGCUCGGAAGAUGGCCACUCGAACGACAAUCAUCGCCUGUCUCCCGGGUCCACAUCUCAUCUACAGCAUCCGGUUACAGGGCCACCGACCCUGCCCCCGGUGGUGGGUCGCGACUCGUUGGACGAUUGGUCACGCGAUCUCAAGGCGGUUGGUUCGCCCGUGUCCGAAUUCAGCUCUACCUUCCAGCCUAGCAAGCAUAGCCACACCGGUCACUCGCAGCAAAAUCAUCAUGCUGCCAUGCAGCAGUCUUCAUCGCAGACCAGCGGUUUCACCAGUCGACCUUCCACGUCGCGUCGUGCAUCGGGUGAGAGUGCAAGAAGUCGACGCAGCUUGGCUUCGCAGGUGCGACACGGUCUCAGUGCUGCUCGCGAGCGCAAUGCCGAUGUGGCCAGUCUGUUAACCGUCGACGAGAUUACGCAGGAGGUCGAGAACAGGAGAGAGAGCAUCUCGCUCGCUGGUGCUGGUGGAGGUUGGGUGAUGGACGAGGACGGUGUUCCUAUCCCGAUCCCGAUCCCCGGCGCUUCAUCGGCCAGGUCCUCCUCCGCUGCUGCUUCAAUACGUCCUUUGAGCGGCAUCUCAUCAGCGUACGCUCAUGUCAGUCAUGUUGGGCACGAAAGUGAAGAUGAUGAACAGGCGAAUCAGUCCUCUGACCUCGAGGGUUCGCCACGCACGACCAAGGCGCACACCAUCGCAUCAAAAGCUGCUUCUGUCCGUACUAUGGCCAGCAAUGCUGCGGAUCGCACUUCCUCGGUGCUGCAAGCUCCCGGGGAUGAGUCUGAUCGUCAUCUUGGUGACCCCAUGGCCGUUGCACGAAGCACAACAUCCCGUGCUAGCUCUGUCUCGGAACUUCGCCGUUCUGUUGACGACCAUGGCGGCUAUAGCGAUGAUGAAUCCGGUUCCGACUUUACUGAUUCGGAUGUUGACUCGGAUGGCUCUGAUACCGAUGAGGAUGGUCAGGGCAGCGACGUCUAUGUACCCUCAGCCAACAAGGCUCCUAUCAAGUGGCACAAGGGUGCUCUCAUCGGUGCCGGUUCUUUUGGUAACGUCUUUCUCGGUAUGAAUGCCAAAACCGGGCUUCUCAUGGCCGUCAAACAAGUCGAACUCCCCUCCGGUGACUCACACCUCGACCAACGCAAAAAGGGCAUGCUAGACGCCCUCGAAUCCGAGAUCAAACUCCUCAAGACCCUCGAGCACGAAAACAUCGUCCAAUACCUCGACUCUUUUGCCGACGGCUCCCAUCUCAAUAUUUUCCUAGAAUACGUUCCCGGAGGAUCGAUCGUUGCUCUUCUCCGCAACUACGGCGCUUUCGAAGAACCUCUCGUCCGCAACUUUGUCCGACAGAUCCUAAAAGGUCUUUCCUUCCUCCACAACCGUGGGAUUAUGCAUCGUGAUAUCAAAGGAGCCAACAUUCUCGUUGACAACAAAGGAGGUAUUAAGAUCUCUGAUUUUGGUAUCUCUAAGAAGGUCGAAUCGGAUCUUGUUCUCGCCACGAACAAAGGCGGUGCUGGAGGCGCAGGCGCAGGCGGUGCAGCUCACCGACCUAGUUUGCAAGGAAGUGUAUUCUGGAUGGCACCAGAGGUGGUUAAGCAGACGAGCUACACGAUUAAAGCGGAUAUCUGGUCGUUGGGUUGUCUAGUGGUAGAGAUGAUCUCGGGUACGCAUCCAUGGGCAGAUUUGAAUCAGAUGCAAGCGUUGUUCCAGAUUGGGAUGGGGAGGAAACCGAGUUUGCCGGAUGAGAUCAGUAAUGAGUGCAGGGACUUUUUGGAGAAAACUUUUGAGCUGGAUUAUAAUAAUAGGCCCAGUGCGGAUGAAUUAUUGCAACAUGCGUUUAUGGGGUCGCAGAUGACUUUUCCUACACCUCCUACGGGGAGUGGAGCGGGUGCGGGGGGCAGUGAAGAUGAUGUUAGCAAUGCUGGUGGAGCAGGGGAUGGUGGGGAGGUGGAGGGAGAAACAACAGCAACAGCGGCGAAUGAGGGUGAUUCGAGCAUCUCGGCUUCAACGAGGGAGACUAAGGAAGGGAAGCGUCCGACUAGGUCGAAGUCUACAAGGCGGUUGGAGCGGGAGAAGAGGCAUAAGGAUGCUGCUGCUGCUGCUGCUGCUGCGGCCGCAGUGGGGGGAGUGGAUUCCGGAACGCCAAACACUCCUACGAGCAGGACACCAGACGUUACCUCGCCGACAACACAAGGAGGCAUGCCAGAAAGCAUCUCCACCUCGUCUAUUGCCACUGCUCGUGGCAAUCCUCCUCCGGCUGAAGAUGUUGCCGAUGCUGAGUAG